GCUCCUGGUGCAAAGCAGAGAUGGCGACUGCGAUCCGGCUGCUGGGCCCGCGUGUGUCCAAUUGGAGGCUGCGGCCAUGGCUGCCGCCCAUCGCUGUCUCCCAGCGGGCCCACUCGAUGUUGCCUGUGGACGAUGCUAUCAACGGGCUAAGCGAGGAGCAGAGGCAGCUUCGUCAGACUAUGGUUAAGUUCCUUCAGGAGAAUCUGGCUCCCAAGGCCCAGGAGAUUGAUCAAAGCAAUGACUUCAAGAACCUAAGAGAGUUCUGGAAGCAGCUGGGGAGCCUGGGAGUACUGGGCAUCACAGCCCCUGUUCAGUAUGGCGGCUCUGGCCUGGGCUACUUAGAACAUGUGCUGGUGAUGGAGGAGAUAUCCCGUGCUUCUGGAGCAGUGGGGCUCAGUUAUGGUGCCCACUCCAACCUCUGCAUCAACCAGAUUGUGCGCAAUGGGAACGAGGCACAGAAGGAGAAAUACCUUCCCAAGCUGAUCAGUGGUGAGUUUGUUGGAGCCCUGGCCAUGAGUGAACCCAAUGCUGGCUCUGAUGUUGUCUCCAUGAGGCUAAAAGCAGAAAAGAAAGGUGAUUACUACAUCCUAAAUGGUAACAAGUUCUGGAUCACUAAUGGUCCUGAUGCUGAUGUCCUAAUUGUCUAUGCAAAGACAGACCUGAAUGCCAUGCCAGCUUCUCGGGGCAUCACAGCCUUUCUCGUGGAGAAGGGCCUGCCUGGUUUUAGUACUGCCAAGAAGCUAGACAAGCUGGGGAUGAGGGGCUCUAACACCUGUGAGCUCAUCUUUGAAGACUGCAAAGUCCCUGCUGUUAACAUCCUGGGCCAUGAGAGUAAGGGCGUGUACAUACUGAUGAGUGGGCUGGACCUGGAGCGCCUGGUGCUGGCAGGUGGUCCCCUUGGGCUCAUGCAGGCUGUCCUGGACCACACCAUUCCCUAUUUGCACGUGAGGGAAGCCUUUGGCCAGAAGAUUGGCCACUUUCAGCUGAUGCAGGGGAAGAUGGCCGACAUGUACACCCGCCUCAUGGCGUGUCGACAGUACGUCUACAAUGUUGCCAAGGCCUGUGAUGAGGGCCACUGCACUGCCAAGGACUGUGCUGGUGUGAUUCUCUACUCAGCCGAGUGUGCCACACAAGUAGCCCUGGAUGGCAUUCAGUGUUUAGGUGGCAAUGGCUACAUCAAUGAUUUCCCCAUGGGCCGCUUUCUUCGAGAUGCCAAAUUGUAUGAGAUCGGGGCAGGGACCAGCGAGGUGAGGCGACUGGUCAUCGGCAGAGCUUUCAACACAGACUUCCACUAGCCCCAAGACCCAUCACCCCUUGGUCCCAGCACCUAGAGGCCUUUCUUUGGAAGCAGAGACAUGGCAGCCCUCUAACCUGUCUAAGGCAGGCUCUGCUGCUCAGCUGCCCUUCUUGCCCCAGCCCUCUGGCCCAUGUGAGGUUGAAUUCUCCACGCCAGCUGCCAAGUACUGUGGGCCUCAUAACCACACCAGUCAACCAGCCAGCCAGGAAAGCUUAAAAUGGACUGAAGGAAGGACAUUGUUUUUUCUGGGGCUUGUUGGGAGGGCUUCAGUGUCUCUGUGCCAUUGCUGUCCAACCUCUGACCUGAUGCUUCUACCUCUGGUGGCAUGUGAGGGUAUGCAGGCACCCAACUUCUUUCCUGGGCAAGCCUCUGGCAGGAAGCCCUCUCUGUUCCAGUGUAACAAAAGUGUUGCCCCCUUCCAUUUACUUAAACUUAGUGGUCUCUUUUUUGGGGGAAAGGCAAAAAGCUUGCCCUCAUUAGCUGUCUCCCAGGGCAUUGCUCCCUAAAACGCUAGAAUGCCUAUGUGGUGGAGCCCAUGAAGGGGCAGAGUCCAUGGUGCAGUGUGCUUGUGGAUGGCAUGCUUGUGGAGGAUUGGCUCGUGCUAGCAUCCUUGUGUACCCCUGAGCCCUUCUGCAGCACUCUGUCACAAGCUAGUGCUGGGCCUGGCCAUGUGACCUUCUACAGCUGACUAAGCAACAGGCACAGGCCCUGCCCUAGCUAGUCUGGGUCGCCUGGCUCAACUCCAGUCACAGCUGCCUGUAUACAUUUCUCUAGAUACCUUAUGGCUAAUUUUGUUAUAACUGUACAGAGGCUGCUGCCAUUUUGUAUUAAACACAUUACAACGGAAACCCAUCUGGUCCUAAAGCAGUGUUUUAGAGAAGUGAGGUACUUUGGCUCCUGCCCUCUGUCUGCAUUCUUGUGUGUCCUUGAAGACUGCCUGACCCAUGUCCAUUUCCCGCCCUCCAACCUGCUCUUUAGUAAUAGGACAGGAACUUAAUAAAACCCUUAGUACACAGGAAGUCUGAAACUCAAAUCUCCCAGUCACUUUCUUCCCUUGGUGAUGAGACCGAACCCAGGGCCUUGGGCACUGUACCACUGAACUACUACCUCCCUCUCCCCCCAUCAACUUCUCCAUGAUUUUAUUUUGGUCUCCCUAUGUAUCCCAGGCUGGCUUUGAGCUCUAGCUCCUCCUUCCUCCAUCUCCUGCAUGCUGAGAUUACAGGCAUGAACCACCAUGUCCCGCCUAGUGAUUGCUUUAAAGGAAAGAAUUGAGAGGCUGAAGAGAUGGCUCAGUGGUUAAGAGCACUGACUACUCUUGGAGAAGACCCAGUUUCAAUUCCCAACACCCACGUGGUGGUUAACAACCAUCCAUAACUCCAGUUCCGGGGAAUCCGACGCCCUCUUCUGACCUCUUCAGGCAUUGCAGGACACAGGUGUACCUAUCUACAUGUACAUAACACACAUCAAAUUUUAAAAUAUAAUAAAAAAAUUUUAUUUA